CCCAGAAAGCAGCUGGAGCAUCCACUUUGAGAGUAGUUACACCUUAACGUGUGUUUUCGAACGUGUGUUUUCUCCAUUUUGUAGAGAUGGGGUUGCAUGAUUUUCAGCUAAGUACACAGUCAUUUCGCAAGAGACUAUACUUUAGCCAGGAUGGGGCUAGAGUCUCAUCUAGUAGAUAGGGAGCAGGCCAUUGGAUUCAUCUGACUGUCAGCUUCCCUGUUGUAGAAUGUACAAUCCAGAGCAAAUUCCAGGGCUGCAGAAAUCCAAUAUGUGUCCAUGGUGGUGCUAGUGCAGAGGUGGGGGACCCUUUUUUUUCCUACCCAGGGCCCUUUGGAUAUUUCUAACAUUACUCAUGGGCCUUGCAAAAAUGAUCAGCUUAUAAAGGAACCUACUGUGGAGUAAAUGAAUUUUGAGCCCCACCUGAAGUUGCCUUGGUAGGACCACACGGAAUAACUUUAAUGAGCAUUACAACCCGUGAGCCAAAGCUUCCCUGUCCCUAUGCUAGUGGAUUCUAGCUGUAGAAUUCUUCAAUACUGUGAAACAGGGAUCUUGCUAGCAACCAGUCCCAGUCAUACCCACGUCUACAGAUGCCUCUAGCUUCCCACAACCUCCUCGUAUCCACCCCAGUGCCGAGUGGGGGCUUCAGACCUAUCUAGCUAGACCACAGAACUGAGGAUUCUCUGAUGGCCAUGAGGCACCAGGUCUCAGGUAACGACCCACUGACUGAUUUGUUAACAACUUUUGACCCUGCCAAGUAAAUAUUCUGUCAUGAAACAAUGAACUUCAGCCCAUCUUAAAACUUCUGACCUCACACUUGUAGAUCAUUUUUUAAAUUCCCUUAGCUUAAUCUUUGUCAGCCUCAUAUGGACUGUGUCUAAGACUUUAACCCAACAACACCAAAAUUAGUUUUUUUUAAAUGAUAAUGGUGGAAGGUUCAUGGAGAAAUCUUGACCCAGGUGGUUCUGAUACCUUCUUUGUAGGAUCUUGUUGAAUUCGCAAUCCUAAAGGAGGUAGGUUCUGUUGUCCUCCACUUUUUUUUCUUUUGAGUCAUAGAAACAAAGCAUGCAGAGUUCGAGUAGCUUCCCCAAGGCCAUUCAGCAAAGGUAGCAGUCAGGAGUGGACAUGUUACAGGCCAUACUCCUCUUCGUGUUGCUGCUGCACCAUCCUGGGCAAUUGGCAAAAUGGCCUGCAUUCAUGUCUGCUUCUGUCACUGUUUUCCUUUCAUUGGCAGCUUGGAUUGGAUAUGGAAGAGCUGGAAGAAAUUGAAGAAGAUGCUGGACUUGGCAAUGGUGGUCUUGGGAGGCUGGCUGGUAGAAGAGGCGGAUGAUUGGCUCAGGCACGGAAACCCCUGGGAGAAGGCCCGCCCUGAGUUCAUGCUGCCUGUGCACUUCUAUGGGAAAGUGGAGCACACCCCAACCGGGACCAAGUGGGUCGAUACCCAGGUAGUCCUGGCUCUGCCUUAUGACACCCCCGUGCCUGGUUAUAUGAACAACACCGUCAACACCAUGCGCCUGUGGUCUGCUCGAGCGCCCAAUGACUUUAACCUCAGAGACUUUAAUGUUGGAGACUACAUUCAGGCAGUGCUGGACCGAAACCUAGCAGAAAACAUCUCCCGUGUCCUCUAUCCCAAUGAUAAUUUUUUUGAAGGAAAGGAGCUCCGGUUAAAGCAGGAGUACUUUGUGGUGGCUGCCACCCUGCAGGAUGUCAUCCGGCGUUUUAAAGCCUCCAAGCCUGGCUCCUCCAGCAGUGCGGGAACCAUGUUUGAUGCCUUCCCCGAGCAGGUAGCCAUUCAGUUGAAUGACACUCACCCUGCACUUGCCAUCCCUGAGCUCAUGAGGAUUUUUGUGGAUAUUGAAAAGCUGCCCUGGGCCAAGGCCUGGGACAUUACCCGGAAGACAUUCGCCUACACCAACCACACUGUGCUCCCGGAAGCCCUGGAGCGCUGGCCAGUGGAGUUGGUGGACAAGCUGCUGCCCCGUCACUUGCAGAUCAUUUAUGAGAUCAACCAGAAGCACUUGGAUAGAAUUGUGGCCUUGUUUCCUAAAGAUGUCGACCGCCUGCGAAGGAUGUCUCUAAUUGAAGAGGAAGGAGGCAAAAGAAUCAACAUGGCACAUCUCUGCAUCGUGGGCUCCCAUGCUGUGAACGGGGUGGCUAAAAUCCACUCGGACAUCAUCAAGACCCAAGUUUUCAAGGACUUCAGUGAGCUUGAGCCUGACAAGUUCCAGAAUAAAACCAAUGGGAUCACUCCGAGGCGCUGGCUCUUGCUGUGCAACCCGGGGCUUGCAGAGCUCAUAGCAGAGAAAAUUGGGGAGGACUACGUGAAAGACUUGAGCCAGCUGACGAAGCUGCACAGCUUCCUGGGUGACGACGUGUUCCUCCGAGAAAUUGCCAACGUGAAGCAGGAGAAUAAGAUGAAGUUUUCCCAGUUCUUAGAAAAGGAGUAUAAAGUCAAGAUCAACCCCUCUUCCAUGUUUGAUGUCCAUGUGAAGAGGAUCCACGAGUACAAGCGGCAGCUCCUGAACUGCCUACACGUGAUCACCAUGUACAACCGUAUUAAGAAAGACCCUAAGAAGUUGUUUGUGCCAAGGACGGUAAUAAUUGGUGGCAAAGCUGCUCCAGGAUAUCACAUGGCCAAAAUGAUCAUAAAGCUGAUUACAUCAGUGGCUCAAGUGGUGAACAAUGACCCUGUGGUUGGAAGCAAGUUGAAAGUUGUCUUCUUGGAGAACUACAGAGUGUCGCUUGCAGAAAAAGUCAUUCCAGCCACAGAUCUGUCAGAGCAGAUAUCCACCGCAGGCACCGAAGCCUCAGGAACAGGAAAUAUGAAGUUUAUGCUGAAUGGGGCCUUGACCAUCGGGACCAUGGAUGGAGCCAACGUGGAAAUGGCAGAGGAAGCUGGAGAAGAGAACCUGUUCAUCUUUGGCAUGAGAGUAGAUGAUGUGGCUGCUUUGGACAAAAAAGGGUAUGAGGCAAAAAAAUACUACGAGGCCCUUCCAGAGCUGAAGCUGGUCAUUGACCAAAUUGACAAUGGCUUCUUUUCCCCUAAGCAGCCAGACCUCUUCAAAGACAUCGUGAACAUGCUGUUUUAUCAUGACAGAUUUAAAGUCUUUGCAGAUUAUGAAGCCUACGUCAAGUGUCAAGAGAAAGUCAGUGAGCUGUACCUGAAUCCCAAGGCCUGGAACACCAUGGUACUCAGAAACAUAGCUGCCUCGGGGAAAUUCUCCAGCGACCGAACAAUUAAGGAAUAUGCCAGGGAUAUCUGGAACAUGGAACCUUCAGAUCUCAAGAUUUCCCUAUCUCAUGAAGCUAGCAAUGGUGUGAACAAAGCUGAUGGAAAAUGACUUGUAAAAGGCCUUUGGGAAAAGUAACUUCUUACUGAACUCGAACAUUUUUAUGACAUUUAUUGAUUUUGUUUUCCUUUAUUAGCUAAAUGAUCUGGUUAGGUAUCUCCGGGAAGGGGAAGAACAGAGGAUUAGGGUUAAUAAUAAAGUGUCCAUUUCCAAGGGC